UCGUGUAGCAUUUUAAGCAAUUAAACUCUUCGUUUUCUCAAAUCCAUUAUACUUUUACCUAUAAAAUCAUUUGAACUCCUCAUGUUUUUCUUCACGUCAUUUUCAUAUACACAAAUAUACAUAUAUAUGUAUACGUAUAUACAUAUACUGUGUCACCCUAAAGCUACGCCAAUGGUACUGAUUCAAAACUACGAGGACCUUCAUUGGUCUUUUCUUCAUCAAAUCUCAAAGAAUCGAGUCAAAGAAGAUGAACUCGAAAACCCAGUCAAAGAAGAUCUUCACAAAUGGGAUUAUUCGAUUCCGGUCUCAGAAAAUCGAGUCGAAGAAGAUCGUGAAGAAGAUCGUGAAGAAGAUCACUACGAAUUGGAUAAUCCGAUUCCAGUUGGGUUUCAGUUUUUACCUACAAAUGAAGAACUUGUUACGGAGUAUUUGAUCAACAAGAUUUUCCAUAAUCCGUUGCCUUUUUGGGAUUUUUCAGAGGUUGAAGAAGCUGCUCUUUAUAGUACACAUCCAAAGAGCUUAGAUUUCGCUAACGGAGAGAAGAAAUGGUAUUUUUAUAUUCACAAGGACAAGAGCUUUUCGAAUAAUACGAUUCGAAAAGUUGAAGAUAAUUUAGGAUCCUGGAGUUUAAAAUGGUACGAAGAAAUACACGACACGAAGGGAAGAAGAAUGGGCUUUGGGGAUACUUAA